AUGGAGGUUCGGCAAGCUGUGAAAGAUUAUAAGUUGAGUCUGUGUGCGAUUUUAGAGUCCCAUGUUAAUGUUGCUAACUUGGCUAGUGUUUGUAAGUCCGUUUUUCGCUCGUGGGAUUGGACUUCGAAUGGUAGAUGUUGUGAGAAAGGCACUAGAAUCAUUGUGGGUUGGAAUCCGGCCGUUUUUGACGUGAUGGUUUUGGCUCAGUCGGAUCAGGUUAUGCACCUUCAACUCGUGUUUAAAUUGGAUAAAAGGAGGGUCUUCUGUUCUAUUGUUUAUGCUGCUAAUUAUUAUGUGACCCGGAGGGAGUUGUGGCACCAACUUUCGUUGCACAAAACUCUUGUUGCGGAUAGUCCGUGGUUUAUUAUGGGUGAUUUUAACUCGGCUCUGAAUAUAGAGGACAGUUCCAUGGGCACUUCUUCUUGUUCGACCAGUAUGAGGGAGUUCCAGGCUUGUGUUGAUGAUAUUGAAGUGGUCGAUAUUAAUCGGUCAGGUAUUCAUUUUACUUGGAACCAAAAGCCUAAGAAGGGGAUUGGGUUACUUAAGAAAAUUGAUCGGGUGAUGGGGAACACUUCUUUUCUAGCGGAAUAUCCGAACUCGGUGGCUGUUUUCAAGCCAUAUCGUCUGUCGGAUCAUUGUCCAUGUAUAUUAUCGUUCCCGGAUGCUGUGAUAGUGAAACCGAGGUCUUUCAAGUUCGCUAAUUUUCUGGUUUUCAAACCAGAAUUUUUGGAGAUCGUUUCUAAUGGUUGGGGUACGCAUGUUGAGGGAGUGUAUCAGUUCCGAGUUGUAAAAAAACUUCGUUUGCUGAAACACCCGUUGAGGUCGUUGCUCUUUAAACAAGGAAAUCUCCACAAGAAAGUAGAUAACCUUAGAUUGAAGUUGGAUGUUAUUCAGCAAAAAUUGGAUCAAGACUCGUCAAAUGUUGCUAUUCGUGCUGAUGAGGCUACUAUUAGCCGCGAGUUACAGGCGGCUUUGCUAGACGAGGAGAGGUUCCUGAAACAAAAAUCUAAGGUGGACUGGUUAGCGGCCGGUGAUAUGAACACGAAAUUCUUUCAUUCUUCGUUGAAAGCCAGAAAUCAUUUUUCUAGAAUAGAAGUUAUUACGGAUUCGGGUGGGGUUACUUAUGAAGGUGACAUGGUUUUUAAAGCGUUUGUUCAGCACUAUGAGGGAUUUUUUCGGAUCGGUAGGGGAUAUUUCUCUUCAACCGGCUCCAGAUUUAUUCCCGAAAAUGUUAUCUCAUGA